AUGUUUAACGGAGACAAUACCAUUGGAGCUCCUGCUACAAAAAAACGAGAAAAUUUCGAUGUUGAUUUAACAAGCGAGCAUGAAUCGCAAGCAAAAAAAGCAAAGAUUUACACGGUAAAUGAGCAACCGGUCGUUGCAGAUGUUUUUGAAGAGGAAGCUGUUCGAGAGGUACCCGCAACCGCUGAUCUAACUUCUGACGCUCCGGUUACAGAAAGUAGAGUUACAUUAACUCACCAGGUUCGACAUCAAGUUGCGCUUCCCCCCAAUUACCCAUAUAUACCACUUGCUGGUCAUGUAUCACCACCCGAAGCAGCACGUACAUAUCCAUUCACACUUGAUCCAUUUCAAAAAGUCUCGAUUAAUUGUAUAGAGAGAUCAGAGUCAGUAUUAGUGAGUGCUCAUACUUCGGCAGGUAAAACAGUUGUUGCUGAAUAUGCAAUAGCUCAAGGCUUGAAAAAUAAGCAACGUGUUAUUUACACUAGUCCUAUUAAGGCAUUGAGCAAUCAAAAAUAUCGAGAAUUACAAGAAGAAUUUGGUGAUGUAGGAUUGAUGACAGGAGAUGUUACAAUCAAUCCGACCGCAAGUUGCCUUGUUAUGACUACCGAGAUUUUGCGCGCUAUGCUCUACCGAGGAAGUGAGAUAAUGCGCGAAGUAGCAUGGGUUAUUUUUGAUGAAAUCCAUUAUUUGCGUGAUAAAGCCCGUGGAGUAGUGUGGGAAGAAACGAUCAUAUUGCUACCUCAUCAAGUUCAUUAUGUAUUCUUAUCUGCAACAAUUCCAAAUGCAAUGGAAUUUGCAGAGUGGAUAUGUAAAAUACAUGAGCAGGCACAUUAUCCAUGCCAUGUGGUAUAUACCGACUUCCGUCCUACACCCUUACAACAUUAUGUAUUCCCUUCGGGGACUGAUGGUAUUUAUAUGGUUGUCGAUGAGAAGGGUGUAUUUCGUGAAGAUAUCUUCCAACAAGCGAUUGCCGCGUUAAAAAAGGACUGGGAAGGAGAUUACCCUCCAGGCGGUAAAGGCAAAAAAAGCAAGAGAGGACGAAUUGAGCAAUCAAAAGGACCAUCGGACAUGUAUAAAAUCGUCAAAAUGAUCAUGCAGAAGAAUUAUAAUCCAGUUAUAGUUUUCUCUUUUAGCAAAAAGGAUUGUGAACAUUUAGCACAAGACGUCACUUUUGAUUUUAAUGAUGAGAACGAGAGAGCAAUGGUGCAACAAGUCUUCACCAACGCCAUCAGCUCUCUAUCAGACGAUGAUCGUAAUCUCCCUCAAAUAGGUGCCAUAUUGCCCCUUUUGAAGCGUGGGAUCGGUAUUCAUCAUUCAGGUUUAUUGCCUUUCUUAAAAGAAGUGACUGAAAUAUUAUUUCAAGAAGGCUUAAUUAAAGUUUUAUUUGCCACCGAGACUUUUUCAAUGGGUUUGAAUAUGCCAGCAAAGACUGUCGUCUUUUCAAAUGUGAAAAAAUUUGAUGGGGAAACUAUGCGAUAUGUUUCUUCGGGUGAGUAUAUUCAAAUGUCUGGUCGUGCUGGUCGAAGAGGUCUUGAUGAACGUGGAAUUGUAUUCAUGAUGGUCACUGAGAGAAUGGACCCGUCUGUUAUUAAAAACAUGAUAAAGGGAGAAGCGGAUCAUUUGACUUCUGCAUUUCAAUUAAAAUAUGUUAUGAUAUUAAACAUGACUAGGGUAGAAGGGUUCAGUCCCGAAUACAUUCUUCAACGUAGCUUCCAUCAAUUCCAAAAUACUGCUAGUUUACCCGCUCUAGAAGAGGAACUUGCGCGCCUUGAAGAAGAAAAGGCUUCGCUUGAGAUACCCGAUGAAGAAAUUAUCGCGGACUAUUAUCUAUUGCGCGAACAAUUAGAGAAUUUCUCCAAAGAUAUGCGUGAUGUAAUAAAUCAACCAACUUAUUGUUUGCAUUUUCUGCAGACUGGAAGAUUGGUCAGGGUUAAACAUGAUAAUAUGGAUUUUGGUUAUGGAAUGGUUGUGAGCUUUGAGAAAAGAAAGGAACCGGAAAGCGUUCAAAAUUCAACAGAAACCACUAGAAAGCCGCAACACAUUGUUGAUGUAUUGCUUUAUUGCGAUGCAAAAUCCAGCGUUGCCAAAAAUGCUGACGGAAGUACCACGGGAGUGAGACCAUGUCCUGAGAACCAAAAGGGAGAAAUGAUGGUCGUUCCCGUAGAUUUAGCUUGUCUGGAUGGAAUAACGGAAAUCCGUAUUUUCCCUCCAAAAGAUCUUAAACCGCUAGAGCAACGUAAUUCGGUAUAUAAAAGUAUGCAAGAAGUUUUCCAAAGAUUUACAAAUGGUCCACCUUUUUUGGAUCCUGUUAGUGAUAUGGGAAUAGUGGAUGAAGGAUUCAAGAAAUUAAUGAGGAAAAUUGAAGUUCUCGAGUCGAAACUUUUACAGAAUCCAUUGCAUAAUUCCUCUCGACUUCCCGAAAUUUAUGACAUGUAUAGCAAAAAGAUGCUAAUUGAAAGAAAAAUUAAGGCGCUCAAGAAAAAAAUCCAAUCUACCCACUCUAUUAUGCAACUGGAUGAGCUCAAAUGCCGGAAACGUGUACUACGACGAUUAGGUUAUAUUACCGCCAGUGAUGUUGUUGACAUUAAGGGUCGUGUUGCAUGCGAGAUCAAUUGUGGUGACGAGUUAGUGCUUACGGAAAUGUUAAUGAACGGUGUGUUUAACGAUUUGUCUGUCGAGACGACGGCUGCUGUAAUGAGUUGCUUUAUUCAGAUGGAAGCCGAAGAGACAGGUGCUACUCUAAAAGAAGAGUUCAUGAAACCAUUUCAGAUAUUAAAAGAAACUGCACGUCGAAUUGCGCAAAUCAGUAUAGAAUGUAAAGUUCCAAAUAUGGACGAAGAAGAAUAUGUUCAACAAUUUCAUCCGGACAUGAUGGAAAUAGUAUAUGCUUGGUGUAAAGCAAGUGGAGCGAAAUUUGCGGAAAUAUGCAAAUAUACAAGUAUGUUUGAAGGCAAUAUAAUCAGGAAUUUCCGAAGUUUAGACGAGCUGCUUCGUACAAUGGUCUCCGCGACCAAAAUUAUCGGAAACAUCGAACUCGAGAAUAAAUUUUCAGAAGCUAUGGAGAAGAUAAGGCGAGAUAUUAUAUUUGCAGCUUCCUUAUAUUUAUAG